AAAAAAAAGACACACAAGCAUCAAAAAAAAGUUUUGUUCGUUUCAACCAGUGUCAAAACAACUUGUUAUUAAAAAAAUAUAAUCAAUAAUUAGUUAUGUUAUUGUUGUUAAAUUAUAACUAAAAUAUAAAUUAGACAGGAAUUUUCACGUGGCAUUGUAAACUGGUGGCUAAAUAAAUAUAUCUAUCUCUAAAAAAAAAAAAAAAAUAUAAAAAUGAACAACUCAAGUGAUGAAUAUUAUUGUGAAUUUGAUAAAAAUAAUAAAAUAUUUGCUGAUGCUAUUGGUGUAAGUUUAGAUCUUUUACGAAAAAAUAAUUUUUUUAAUGACACCUCUGAUGAAACAGUAUCUCGUGUAUCAGUUCAUAUUGGAGUUGAGAUAUAUGAAACAAUUAAAAAAAUGAGAGAAAGUUUUAUGAAUGAAUCUAUAUGCAUUGAUCAUGAAAAAGUAUUAGUAACAUUAGGAAAAGAUGAUGAUCAAAUGAAUGAAAUAACAACUGCUGCUAAUGAAAUUCCAGAAAAUCCACUUGAAAUUGAAAGUGAUGAUGAAUCAACAACAAAUAAUUAUGUUGAUUCAAUUAAAAAAGAAGUUGAUGAAUCUUCAGAGGUAGACUGUGAUGAUUCACAAAAAGACAAUGAUGAUUCAAGUAUUAAUGAUCAAAUUUUGGAUAACAAUAAUGAAACAAAUGGAAAUUGUAGUUCAGCAAUUAAAUUAACAAAUAAAAUUACUUCUACAACUGGUGAUUCAAGAAGUGAAAGAGCAAAACUUAUAAAUCAAUGGGUUUAUGCAAAAUUUAUUGAAAAUAAAAAAAAUAAAAUAAGUGAUGCACUUGUUAAAUUUUGGGCAAUAGAAAUAAAUAAAAUUUUAUCAUCAAAAUUUUGUCAACAUGUUAAAUUUGUUCCAUCAGCUCAUUGGUUGAUACAAUUUAAAAAUGAAUAUAAUAUUGUUGGUCGUUCAACUGAUUUACGAAUUGCCAAUCAAAAUAAGCAACAAAAUAAUAGUGUUAAAGAAUCUAUUGUACAUUUAAAAAGAACACCAAUCAAAAGACUAAUUUUACCUGAAGAAAAAAUUAAAGUUGUUAAUCUUGCACGUGAAAAUCCAAAUUGGAAUUUGGAAAUGUUGAAAGAACAAAGUGGAUGUCAUGAUGUUACUGAGGAACUUUUGUCACAAUGGAAAAAAGAAACUUCAAAUGAUGGAAAAAUAAUAAAUAGAAGAAGAGCACUUAAUGAUUGGGUAUAUGCAAGAUGUAUUGAUUACAAAGUUAAUGGUUUUAAAAUAACAGAUAAAAUACUUGUUACUUGGGGACUUGAGGCUAAAAAAAAAUUCAAUAUACAAGAUUCACAAUUUCGUGCUGGUCCAAAAUGGUUAAAAAAUUUUAAAUUUGCUCGAACAAUUGUUGGUAAUCCAUCAGACCUUAAACUAUAAAAUUAAAUUGUUUAAAAUCAUUUUUU